AUGAAAGUCAGUUCUGAAGCGGCAUUAGAAUUGAACGAUAUUACAAAUCCAAUUAGUCGAGCAUUUUAUGAAGAUACUCGUGAUGGUUUAAUUGAAAAUAUUCAAAGAUAUUUAGAGAUUCUUCCAGCAUCUAAUGUCGACAUCUAUCUAAAUACAGCUUACAAUGACGGCAAAAAGAAAUGUACUCCACUUGUCAUUGCAUCGGAAAAUGGACAUUAUCACAUUUUACAGUUAUUUUUGGAAACUAAAUGUAGAGCAAAUAUAGAAGGAGAAGGAACAAUUGUAAUUGAGAAUCGGAUCAUACGUGGAGUGACAGCUCUAUGGAUUGCUGCAGCUAACGGUCAUUUCUCAAUUGUUCAACUCUUAGUUGAACAUGGUGCCGAUGUUAAUCAUACAACAAAAACAAAUUCAUCACCACUAAGAGCUGCUAGUUAUUAUGGUUAUAUUAAAAUCAUACAAUAUCUUGUUGAUCAUGGUAGUGAUGUACAUUCAUUAAAUCAUUUUAACAGUAGUCAUAUGAACAUAGCUGCUUAUCGUGGUCACAUUAACGUUGUUCAAUAUCUUUUACAGUCGGGAUGUAAUCCUAAUAUAAAAGAUAAUGAUUUAUCAAUUGCAUUACAUGAAGCAGUUGCAGGAGGUCAUUUGAAAAUAGUAAAAUUUUUAUUAUUACAAUACGAGAAUGCUAGUAAUUCAAAUAUAACUUUAAAAAAUAAAUACAAUUUGACACCAUUGAUGGUGGCAGCUAGACACAGACACUUAUCAAUCGUUAAUUAUCUGAUUGAAAAUAAUUAUUGUACAGAUAUAGAAUGCAUUGAAGCUUUAGAAUUAUUAGGUGCUUCACAUUAUUGUCAAAAUGAAAAUAAUCCAGAUGAGGGUUUUGAAUAUCUUGUAAGAAAUAAUUCACUAAUCACCUAA